AUGGCUCACGAAAACGUUUGGUUCUCCCACCCAAGAAACUAUGGUAAAGGUUCUCGUCAAUGUCGUGUCUGUGCUUCUCACAAUGGUUUGAUUAGAAAGUACGGUUUAAACAUCUGUCGUCAAUGUUUCAGAGAAAGAGCCAAGGACAUUGGUUUUUACAAGUACCGUUAA